UGCGCUGAGCUGAUAACAACAAAAACAAUGCAAAAAUAAUCACCUCCUCAUCUUAAUUCGUGGUAAAGUUACUCUUUAUAAAUCUGAAACACCAAAAUUAAGCGUAUACUAACAUAAGUAUAAGGUCUAUUGAGUCUUAGAAUCUAGGGAAGACUAUUACGUGGCUGAGUCACCAAAAUGCUUAUCUCAUAAUUCUUAGUAAAAGCUGACAAUAGCUAGCUGAAAAAAAUGUGGUGACUGUGUGUUCUAUGCUCGCAAUGGUCAUGUGAAAGAAGUAUGAAGAAGAAUUGAUUUUAACGUGUACACAGAAGCAAUCAUGGCAUCUGAAAAGGCAGGUAGACCACAGUUCAUCGAACACAAGAUAACGCAUUACCGACAGCGCUUCAAUUGGGACUGUGGCGUGUCCUGCGUCCUGAUGCUGUUGGAAGAAGAGCAGCGAAGGGAGCUAUUGAACAAGUUCGCCGAGACCUGCCAAGAGGAAGGCUUCAACCAGUCCACGUGGACCAUUGACUUGUGUUACCUGCUCAAAAGAUAUGGCAUUAGGCAUCAAAUGUGCACUAUCAUGCCAGGUGUGAAUGAGGACUACAAGAAACAUGGAUACUAUGAUAGGAUAUUGGACUUGGACCGAGAACGCGUCAGGCGUCGCUUCGACGAGGCGACCAGCACUGGUAUCGAGGUGUCGCAGCGGUCGCUGUCCACCGACGAGCUGGUGGCACACCUGGUGUCAUCGGGGCCCGUCGUCCUGCUCGUGGACGCAGGACUGCUGGUCUGCGACCUGUGCAAGCAUAAUAAACUGAAGGCCGAGUUCAGGCGCUGUUUCGGCGGCGGCUACCGCGGGCACUAUAUCGUGGCGGUGGGACUCGGCCGGGGCCGCGUGUUGUACCGGGACCCGGCGCUGUCUCCGCGCCUGUGCGCCGCCGCGCCUCAAGCGCUCGCCCGCGCGAGAAGAGCGCCCGGGACCGACCAUGAUGCCGUGCUGGUGUACAAAGACUUCAGUUGAUGACGGCUGUUGAUACACCUUACUAGUACUAGCGUCACUAAGCUAGCGUGUUGUACCGGGACCCGGCGCUGUCUCCGCAAAGUGCAAAGCGCCCGGGACCGACCACGAUGCCGUGCUGGUGUACAAAGACUUCAGUUGAUGACGGUUGUUAAUACCUUACUAGUAGUAGCGUCACUAAGCUAGCGUGUUGUACCGGGACCCGGCGCUGCCGCCGCGCCGGAAAGCACCCGGGACCGACCACGAUG